UAUUCAUUUCCACUCGCUGUAUUUUUUUCCUCUUCAUUCGCAGCAAGAUGGCAGUCUGUGUGGCAGUGAUAGCGAAAGAGAAUUAUCCACUGUACAUUAGCACCAUCCCUACUGAGAAUGAGCUCAAAUUCCACUACACCGUUCAUACAUGUCUAGACGUAAUCGAAGAGAAGGUUUCGGCCGUCGGCAAAAGCGUCAAUGACCCCAGGGAGUUGUACCUCGGACUUCUAUACCCAACGGAGGACUAUAAAGUGUACGGUUAUGUGACAAACACCAAGGUUAAAUUUGUGAUCGUUGUAGAGUCAUCCAAUAUGCAGCUGAGGGACAAUGAGAUAAGAAAUAUGUUUAAGACGUUACACAAUGCUUAUGUUGAUAUGCUCUGCAACCCUCUCUAUACACCAGGAGAAAACAUCAAGUCCAAAACAUUUGACAAUACAGUUAUGCAGAUGAUGGUUCAAGACUGAUCUCCUCUACAUCAUCAAAGAGAAGUCUCAUCACAAUGACCCCUUGCAGAUGCUGAACACACCUCCGCCAAAAUGUGCUUCCACCAUUUCUGGUCUUUCUGAUGGAGCACAGAGUAUUACCUUUAUUAUUGUACAGUCAUCGUGUCCUUUGCCAAUUCAAAUACAUGCAACCAGGGCCCACUUUCAUAAAGCUGCUUGCCAGUAAGCAAAUUUUGGGGCUCAUGAACGAUCAAGAUCUUUAGGGCUUGAACAUUACACUGGACCACAGGCCCUGAGGACAGUAGAUUCAGUGUCGGGCAAGAAGACUUAUGAACGGACAAGUCCGGAGGUCUUGUGUUUUUCAAUUGAAAAACAACUGAAUCCAUAGGAUGUUCUAUAGCUAAUGAGUAGAUUUUGUCACAAAGUGUUCAAAAAAAAAUAUAUAUAUAUUUAUGUUCUGGCAUAAUCGGUCAUUAAUGCAUGUCUCUGCACUCCAAGGGACUGUAAGUGGGUCCCUUUUCUCAAGCUAAAGGCCGAGGAAAAUAGGACCUUCUUCUGAUCACUCUAUGUCCCAAGAGGAGAUAGAUUUGUACUAGUGACCAAAUUAUACCAAAAUAUGUAUUUAAACACACCUCUGUCAAGAACCAAAAAAAUCAAUUGAAGGAAUGCUUUUAGUUCCCUAGACUCUGUAUUUUGGUUGCUAUUCACCAUUCACACUAAGAGAAGGCACUGUAACCAUUUAAAAAAAACUCUUUCUCACAAAUUUCACACACUUGCAAGCGUCUACAAAUGUGUAGGUCACGGUGGUGCAAAUUUAAUGCACUGGGCUAAAUUAUUGAACCUCAAGAGUCUGUGUUUUAUCCAGCCAGAAUACAGAACCAGGAAGAGGUGUGUUAUAAACAAAAAACCUUAACAUUUGGGACUAAUUGCACACAAGUCAUUCCUAACAAACUGACACUCUUGUUAGAUUUUAAGAUAAACUUGCAGACUCUAUUUUCUUCAUCAAGUAGUCACAUUGGACACAAAAAAGACAGAUCAUUGACACGGAUGUAUAUUUUGACAUUUUAUUUGCAUCUUCUUUCAAGUAACAGGUCAACAAUUGUAAACAUCUGGGGCCGAUCGCUUUUCUUUAGGGUUCAACUUUCUCAAAACAAAUGUUAUGGUGAAGAAAAGAAAACAUCCAAAAUUAAUAAAAAGAAAACAAGUUUUUCCCUUCAUGAGUCCUUAAAAUCCUGUAUCCUGUUGAUUUUAAAGAGUUUUAAUAAGCAUAUUUAAUUUAUCAUGUAUUUGUUUUCUCUUGCUAAUUGCCCUUUUUUAAUGAUGUAACCCCUUUACCGUUAUAUUUAACAUGAAAUGUAAUGAGAGAAAAAAUGUAAAUAUUGAAUGAAUAAAUAAAUAUUAUUAAAAAGUAUGUACGUAAAAAGGCACCCAGUUUCUGUUUAAUCGUCAGUCCUUUUAAUAAAACUUAAGCAGAUUCGACAUCUGAAAACUUGCAAUAAAAGACCAUUUUAACUCUUUAAAAUGUUUAUACUUCCUAACAAACAACCUACAUGAAAAACAAUUUUCCCCCGUAAAUUAAACAAAAGGUAAUUGUUUUCCUUUAAAAUCAUUAUUAAUAACAAAUGGGAUGUUAGAUUUGCUUAGAAAUCUGUCACAAGUUUCUUAGAUGUGAUCAAGGAAAUAAAUCAAACUAGUUUCAAGGACUAAGGUAGACAAUUGA